AGCAUGCUUAUAAAAAAAAAAAUAAAUUGCCUUUUUUUUGUUAAAGAAAAUUUUUUUCCUGGAACAGUUAUCGUAGCAGAAAGAUCAAAAUGUGAUGAGUAAAAUAGAUAGAGAGGUAUGGCGGAAAAAACACCAAACAAUUUCCAAUGUUCAAGAUUUCGCGAAAAUAAUUUUUCACAUAAGUCCAGUGGGACAUAUAGGCAUUAUACAAAAUCAUACAAUGGUGAAGGACACCAGCAUUCGAAUCAUAAAUACGCUAAAUUCCGAAAGGAUUUUCACAAAAAUGGAAGAAAAACGAGUUCAACAUACCGUUCACAAUCUUCGAACCAUAAUCAUCGAACAUGCUUUUUUAAUGAUUUUUUAACUAUAGCGUAUAAUUUUAGAAAUAAUCCAACAAAGCACAAAACAUAUUCAACAUGCCCUAUAUGCUGUUCUACUAUGGUGUUUAUAGCCGUAGGAAAAUGCCAAGACAUUGUCUGCUGGAUUUGUUACUUGAAGAUGCGAAUUUUGGGAAAAUCGACCACCUGUCCGUAUUGUAAAAUUGAACAAGACUAUGUUUUAAUAACAGAAAAUCCUAUGUCUCAGUGCGCAUCCCAUUCUAAAGAGGAGAAAGAUCAUUCGCAAUUUAAAAUCAAUCCAUCGAUGUUGAGUACUAUAAAUGUUGAAAAUUAUACUGAAGAUCAACAAAUAAGUCAAUAUAAGCUUUUGUUUGAUUCCAAACGUGUUCGAGAUUUAGUAAAAGCAUUUAUGGAAUACACUUGUUGGCACCCUUUAUGUACAAUUUAUGUUUUUGACGGGGAAUUCAUGUCGUUCAAAAAUUCUUAUGAAGACUGGGCUCGCCAUAUGAUUUCCAAACAUAAUUUACAUCCUUGUAGUGUGUGUAUUUGUAAACGACAAGUAUUUAUUCCUGAGCAAAUUCUUUACAUGUUAAAGGACCUACAAACUCACUUUACACUGGGUGACCAAGUUGAUAACACUUUUAUUUUACCUCAUGUACAGUGUAAGCUUUGUAAAGAAUACUCUUUGGAUUUGGAAGGUUAUUUGCAGCACAGCAAAGAAGUUCACAUAACAUGUUAUAUUUGUGAUAAAGAGGCUACAAAGGGAUUAGAGUGUGGAAUUCCACCUUGUUUCUUAAGUUUAAAUUCUCUUGAAAAGCAUUAUGCGAAAUUUCAUUAUAUUUGCCAUUUAUGUGAUUAUCUAGCUUUCUCUACUCAAUCAGAAUUAUCGGUUCAUAUGCUUAAAAUUCAUCGUUUAAAUAAUUUUGAAUUUCAGCAUUUACCGAUUCAACAUGACUCGUUCCAUGCCUCUUACCAAACUCAAAGUCCAUUAUCAUUUACAUUUUCGCCUUAUUGUGCUCUUAAAUUUUCUAAAAAUGAGUCACGCUCUUCUUCAUCUUUUGUUAGUGUUAAAAAUUCUUAUGAGCAAAGCUCCUAUUUUCAUAAGAAUGCACCGUCUGAUCAAAAUUAUACUAGACCAAAUCAAUAUAUGCGAAACCAUAAAGUCAAUAAUGAACAUACAUUAAACAAGAAACUGGACUUGAUUGAAAACGAUAUUAAUGACGAAAGAAUAAAAGACAGCGAAGAUGAGAAACGACUUCAAACCUAUGGGAGUAACGAACAAGCUAAGGAGAAAUUUACAGUGUAUAAUAAUUUACCAUAUUAUCAUAUACCGUUUUACCAUAAAAAAACUGAGGAAUCGAGACGAAUUUUUAUUCAGCUUCAUUUCCCAAAACAAAUUUAUUUAUUUGAUGAUUUACGUACACUUAAAACAUGUUUAUCCUAUUUUUUUGCUUUUGAUACAAACUUAUCCUUAAAAAAUGCAGAGCAGUGGUUUUCUAAAUUAAAAAAUAAAACGCCGCCUCUCGAGAUUUUUGAUACAUUAUGGAGUCAUCAAGAAAACAGGAAUUCACAAGAAUCAAGUGAUACACAGCUGGAACCGGAACCACCUUUGUGGCGACAAAGCUGGAGAAAACUUUACCCUUCCGUGUCUCCAGCAACGGAAAUUUUUUUAAGGUUACUUGUCUCUUAUUCAAAUGACGACAUCAAAGAACAAGUUAAAAUGGAUAUUUUAAAGCUAUUACCCGUUGAAUGGCUUUAUGAACUUCAAGCUUCUCUUUCCUUACCUCAAACAUUAAUUAAAUCGGUAAUUAAUCUACAAACGGAUGUCACCUGUUUCACUGAACUAGAAGAUAUGAAGCAAAAUCAGUCAGCUUCUAAAAAGAAAGAGUCUUCUCUACAAAACAGUGCAACGGAGACUCUCGAACCUGUUAAUGUGUAUUCUACUAUAUCUUUUCUUGAUGCAAUGAAGAAAGCUUUAACGCUGUAUAGAAAUUCUCACGGUCCACCAUGCCAUUUCAAUCAAACGGGAUCCUCAUCAACUUUACAUAAAACUAUUAUGCAAAAAUUACAACAUGCCACCAAGAAAGAAUUACUGCAAAUGAGUGGGUUAUCAGUGCAUUUCUCUGCGAACGAUUUACGACCUAGCAUAGCCGAAAACCUGAUAUCAUUAUGUGCGACAUAUUUUUUAUUAGCAAAAAAAAAGACAUCGCAUGAAGCCGAAUCAAGAAAUUGGAUAUCUCGUUGUUUUGGGCUUCUUGAAACAUUACUACCGAAAGAAUUCGCUUUUCUUGAGCUUUAUGUUGACGAGUCUCUUAAACAACUUUGUAAUACUGAACACAAUGAAAAUUAUCCAUCUUUAGACAAAAAUGAAAUGACAACACACCACCCAUCCUCCUCUCAGUCAAAACUAAACUAUAAAAAAGAAUGUGAUGCUUUAUCUUCUCAUUUCAAUGUAUCUAAUACUAUGGACCUGUUCCCUCCCCUGGUUCCCUUACAGCCUAAUGUUAAAAAAAGCCCUAGUUUAUUAGAUUAUAAAUCGCUUAUGCAAAACAAGGAAGACCGUCCUGUGACGCAGGCUCCAAAACAUGUUCACAAAAACAAAUUUAAUACACUGAAAACAGUCAACAAAGAAAAACAAGUACACACGUCUCAACUCCAGCAAUAUUCUGUCAAUUUUCCUUCUCUCUGACACGGAAGUUACAUGAAAGUUUUAAAUAGAAUGACGACGUACAUUUUUCUGAACCUUUCCUCUUUACUCCAACCAAUCUACAUAAAUCUAGAACAACAUUUUUUAUUUGUUUUAAACACACCCUCUAUAUCACAAAUUAUACACUAAGUUUUUUUAUUUUUAUUCCGAAACCCUCACUUUUCCAUCGUUUAAAAAUUUUAAAUUUUUUUAGACUUUAA